GCCCCUCCACCAGCAGCAGAAGCCCGUUGCUGCUUUCAGACUAUCUUCCCUAUAUGGACUUGGACAUGGCAAUGGGUAUGAUGAACCAAGAACAGCUCAUGCACACCAUCUCGCAACUAGACAGCGCCCUGGCUUACCUGGCUUCUCCAUCCUCAUCGCCACCACAACAGCCAUCGGUUCUAGUUCCAUCAUGUACUGCUACAACUACUCUUCCUUCGGUAACGACGAUGCCCGUGCAGCCGCCGCCGCCAGCCGUGGCUAACCCGGAGGCGCAAACGGCCACAUCGCGGCUGCUUGUCGGCACAGUGGCCGCGGACGUGGAGAGGCCAAGGCGGCGCAACGGGCGCGUGUCGAGCGAGCCGCAGAGCGUGGCGGCGAGGCUGCGGCGGGAGCGCGUGAGCCAGCGGAUGCGCGCGUUACAGCGGCUGGUGCCCGGCGGCGCGAGGCUGGACACGGCGUCCAUGCUGGAGGAGGCCGUCCGCUACGUCAGGUUCCUCAAGAGCCACGUCGAGGCGCUCGAGCAGGCAGCAGCCGCGAUGCAAGGCCGCCGCGUCGACGAAGUUGCCGGCGGCGACUUCUACCACCACUGCCCAUACUAUGCUUAGAAGGGAAGAUGCUUACCAUACAUUAAGCGCGUUGUAUAUGGUGCGUGUAGGUGAUUCUCUUGGCAGUAGCAUGCUAUAAAUCUGUCACAAGGAGUGCAACUAUGUUAUGUUCUUACAGUUACAUCGGGUGUAGCAUUUGGAAAUUACAACGUCCGUUUCAUAUUAAUUGUUCGCACAUUUGUCUACAUUCUACACACUAUCUGUGAAUCUUAAUAUGAGACAGAUGGAGUAUUCUACUCGAUCA